GGGGGUCUCCAAGGAUAUAAGAGCUGAAAGUGUUUAGAGGUCACCUAGUCCAACUCCACUUUAAAUAUAAGGAAACUGAGACACAGAAAGAGGAAUUGACUCAUCUGAAAAAAUAAAAGGCAUAGAUCUUGCAUUUGAACUUGAGUCUUCUAACUCUAAAUCUAGUGUUUUCUCCAUUACAAAAUAUGGGAUGACCAAAUUUCCAUUUUGUUAACUUCUCACUUCCUUUCCUUGUAGAUAUAUCAGAUGUAUGGAACCAGAAAACCAAACAUACCUGUCAGGGUUUCUCCUCCUGGGAAUUUCUGAGAAGGAAGAACAGCAGAUGCCCCUCUUUGGGCUCUUCCUGGGCAUGUACUUGGUCACUGUGUUUGGGAAUGUUCUCAUCAUGCUGGCCAUUGGCUCAGACUCCCAUCUCCACACCCCAAUGUACUUCUUUCUCUCCAAUCUGUCCCUGGUAGAUCUAUGUCUAGUUACUACCUUGGUACCCAAGAUGCUGGUGAACAUGUUAACACACAAUAAGGCCAUCUCAUAUGCUGGAUGCUUUGCUCAGAUGUACUUCUUUAUGAAUUUUGCUUGUUCAGACAAUUUACUCCUUACUGUCAUGGCCUAUGACCGCUUUGUGGCCAUCUGUCACCCUCUACACUAUGUCACUCUGAUGAGUCCACGCAUUUGUAGCCUACUGAUUCUGAUCUCAUGGACUAUAAGUAUUCUAUACUCCAUUUUUCAAAUUGUAAUGAUGAUGAGACUGUCUUUCUGCACAAAACGUGAAAUUUCCCACUUUUUCUGUGAGCUUAGUGAAGUUAUAAGGAUUUCCUGUUCUGACACCCUCAUCAAUAACAUAGUAGUAUAUUUUGCAACUGGUCUCCUGGGUGUUCUCCCCCUCACAGGGAUCCUUUUCUCUUACUCUCAGAUCUGCUCCUCAAUAUUAAAAGUACCAUCACCGGGAGGAAAAUAUAAAGCCUUUUCUACCUGUGGGUCUCACCUCUCUGUUGUUUCAUUAUUCUAUGGGACAGGUCUUGGAGUUUAUCUGAGUUCUGCAACUACCCACUACUCUAGGAAUAUCUCAAUUGCCUCAGUGAUGUAUUCUGUGGUAACCCCAAUGUUGAACCCCUUCAUUUAUAGCCUGAGAAACAAGGAUAUAAAGGAUGCUCUGAAGAGGAUCAUUAACAGAACAGCAUCCCCUUAAUGACUGGGCAUCACACUGGGAAUCUGACACCUGUAACUGAGGUCAAGAGUCUGGCAGACAGAGGAGCAGUUAGGUGAUUCAGUGGAUUGAGAGCGAGGCCUAGAUAUGGGAGAUUAUGGGUUUAAAUAUAGCCUCAGAUAUUUCUCAGUUGUGUAACCAUGGAAAAGUCACAUAGCCCCCAUUGCCUAACCUUUACCACUCUUCUGCCUAAGAACCAAUACACAGUAUUGAUUCUAAAACGAAAUUAAGGGUUUU